AUGGUGAAAACGACGAGCAACAAGAGAGCUCUGAUAAGAUUUCUCAAAGUCUUUUCCUUACCUCUUGUGCUGUUGUUUCUCGUCUUUGAAAUGCUCGAGAGCGGGAAAGGUGGAUUGCAUUAUUCUAUUCAUCAUCAUCAUCAUCCUCGUCACGGCAGCAGCAGCGGUGGCAGUGACAACGAAAUGGCAAGUGGGAGAGGAAAAGUGGGAGUUUUGAGAAGACAAAAGAAGAAUAACAACGUCGCGUUCGUUCGAAUGAGAGAGCGAGAGGAAAAGUUACGGAAAGCUAUGGGAAUACCGGAACCGAUUGGAGAACACAAACACGAGAGAUACGACUACAGACCUGCUUCUUUCAGUUCUUCUAUUCCGUCGUACACGAAAAAGGUUAAAGGGAACGCGAGACAGGACUUGUUGUUUAACUUGAAAUGCGUUAAGGAAGGGAGAGAGGAGAAAAUGCACUCUUCAGAGUGCCGAGCGCUCGGCGUCGGGCGACACCGGUCGCGAGAACAAACGGAAGUAGAAUACGUGCAAGAAUCUUUGGAAGCUUCGGAGAAAGGAUUUGGAGGGCCGAGUGGGUGUAAAGAAGCGUGGAUUACGGCGUUAGGGAACGACGGAUUUUUGCCCGCGGUGUUAGUUUUAUUGCACACGAUUAGAAAGUACGCGGUUGAAGAUCGAGAUUUCAUCGCUUUGGUAUCCACGGCGGUGAGCGAGGAAGUGAGAGAGAAGUUGACGAAAGAGUCGAUCAGAGUUAUAGUCGUAGACCCGUUUGAGAAUAACGAAAAGGCGAAAGCGUUGGUAUCAAAAUCAGCGCGAUACGCGAGCGGAUAUUGGGUGGUGAAGAUGUUCGUUUGGAAAUUUGAAGAGUACGAGAAGAUGGUGUACGUGGAUGCCGACGUGUACGUGAGACAAAACUCGGAUUCGAUGUUUUGCGCUGAGACAGAUCCAGUGAAGCACUCGAUAGCUGUAACGCCGCGAUCGUCGUUCGAUACUAAAGCGGGAUUUAACGCGGGUAUGUUUAUUUAUAAUCCCUCAAACGACGUUUUCGAUGAGAUUAUGGAGGCGUUUCUGGCCUUGACUGAAACAGAAAUGUUGGCAACGUCCGAGCAAGAUUUCCUUAACGUUCAGUUCAAGAAUAGGUAUAAUCUGAUCCCGAUUGACUAUGUUAUGAAACAUCGGAGAAUGGUGAAAGAGAAAAAGUUGUGGGACGAGAGCAGAGUUCACGGGUAUCACAUGAACGGAUCCCCCAAACCGUGGGAACCGCAGUGGAUGACGCAGUGCGCGUACCCAAAGGACCAUCAAAAGUUCUUGAAGCUGUACGUAGAUUUUUUCGUCGAGUGGUGGGAAUACUAUUACGACAUGUUAGACGAGACUCCGCCGGACGAUAAAAAGGAGUAUAAGUUAUUGCCGGAACACGAUCCGGCGAAUUCGUUCGGGAAAUUCGCGAGCGAGUACAAGUGCCCUUUGAAUCCUAAAAAAAAGAGUUUGUAA